AUGAGAAACAAUCCAGAAUUAGCAGCAGUACUUGGAAUAGUUGUUUGGCUUAUUUUAAUUGCAUGCAUUCUUUAUUGUCGUCUUUAUCGCUCUAUUUCUCAACUAGAACAUACAAGAGCACGUAUUUUUCGUCAAAAUGAAAAUACUUGUGUUGCUGUUGUUCAAAGGCAACCUCUUGACAUCUGCCAUAUAACUGAUAUUCCACUGAUUAAUAUGCCUCUUGUUCAAGAAUCAGCACCUCCAUCUUAUAAUCAAGCAAUUGCAAUGAAACAACAAGAAAAUGAAACAUUAUAA